AUGACUGGCGAUCAGCUUCUUCGAGAACAGUCCAAGCUCUUCCAGCCCCUGGCCAUCGCUAAUGGCAAGAUCAAACUCAGCCACCGAGUGGUGCAUGCCCCUUUGACGCGCAACCGGGGCGAGCCUCUGAACCGGAUCAGCACGCCUGAGAAUCCCAAUCGGAUCUGGUAUCCCGGACAAUUGAUAGUCGAGUACUAUCGCCAACGCGCAACGCCAGGGGGAUUGAUCAUCUCCGAGGGCAUUCCCCCAUCGCUCGAGAGUAAUGGCAUGCCAGGUGUUCCCGGUCUCUUCACCAAGAAACAGGCUGCAGGAUGGAAAGCUGUCGUUGAAGCUGUCCACGCCAAAGGCGGAUACAUUUACUGCCAGCUCUGGCACGCCGGCCGUGCCACAAUCCCUCAGAUGACUGGAUCGCCCGCCGUCUGUCCCUCCGCCAGUGUCUGGGACUCGCCCACAGAAUGUUAUUCGCACCCCCCGGUGGGCUCGACCGAGCCAGUGCGCUACGCAGACCACCCACCCAUCGGAAUGAGCGUUCCCCACAUCAAGCAGACCAUUCGGGACUAUUGCGAGGCCGCUAAGACUGCAAUGGAGAUCGGAUUCGACGGCGUCGAGAUCCACGGUGGCAAUGGAUAUCUUCCCGAGCAGUUUCUGAGCUCGAACAUCAACAAGCGUACCGAUGCGUACGGUGGCAGUCCCGAGAAGCGUUGUCAGUUCGUCCUCGAGCUGAUGAAUGAGCUCGCACAGACGGUCGGCGAAGAGAACCUUGCCAUCCGUCUCUCGCCUUUCGGCCUCUUCAACCAGGCGCGCGGCGAGCAGCGCAUGGAGACCUGGACAUUCCUAUGCGCAUCGCUAAAACAAGCGCUGCCCAACCUAUCAUAUGUCAGCUUCAUUGAGCCGAGAUACGAACAAAUCUUCUCCGUGGCCGAGAAAGAUACCUUCCUCCAGAGCUGGGGUCUCUCCGACGUCGACCUCUCCUCCUUCCGGAAAAUCUUCGGCUCCACACCGUUCUUCUCCGCUGGCGGAUGGGAUCAGACCAAUUCGUGGAAUGUGCUUGAGUCCGGUCGCUACGACGCCCUGCUGUAUGGCCGCUACUUCACGAGCAACCCGGACCUGGUAGAGAGGCUGUACAAGGGGAUCCCCUUCACACCGUACGACCGCAGUCGGUUCUAUGGGCCGUUCGAGGACAACAGUGUCUGCUAUGUGGACUACAAGCCUGCCCAUGAGCAGGAAGAGGCCGAGAUCCGUGGAAGGUUGUGA